UGGCUGCUCGAUUCAAGCGAGGGAAUUUCAAAUAUCAUUAAGGAUUUUCGUAGUAAGAAGAACAAACGUCUGGCGGAGAGUUUUGGAAAGGCAGAACCUACACUCCAGACCUUACUUUCGUGUCCAUAUAGCAACGGAUAUGGUGGGGAAGAUGACCCUCUCCUCCCGUCCACAGUCGGUGGAUGACCUGAAGAUCAUCAUGCAAAACAAAUUGAAUUUGGCCUAUGACUUCACCCUUCAAUACGAAGACCCUGACUUCGAUGGCCAAUUGAGCUGUCUAGUGGACAUUGAGGAGCUUCCUGAGAAAGCUGUCCUGAAGGUAAUCAGAUCAGAAAGUGAUGCCAGCUCAACCGGAACUGGAGACACAGAGAUACUGCCCCACGCCAGAGAGUCUCCAGAACUGGAGACACAGAGAUACUGCCCCAUGCCAGAGAGUCUCCAGAACUGGAGACACAGAGAUACUGCCCCACGCCAGAGAGUCUCCAGAACUGGAGACACAGAGAUACUGCCCCACGCCAGAGAGUCUCCAGAUCGUCUAGAGAACUGGCCUGAUGGUUUUCCGGUGCCAUCUUUUUCUUAUGAUAUUGAGCACAUGCUUAGAGAGGGAAAUACUCACUAUGAGAAAACUGGAAAGACUAUUAAAAUAACAAGAACCCACAAGCAUGAUGUUCUUGAGGACAUAGCUAAAGCAGUACACAGCUUCAAGGCCUAUCCGAGUGGUGGAGAAAUGGGCAAGGCUGCCGACGUGCUUGUUACCAAGCAACCAUGUCUCAAAGAAGCAGGGAGUCGGUCUGGAUGGUGUGCAUGGAUGACUAGUCUGAAGUUCAAGAUGGGGAACUAUCGGACCAAGUUGAGCAGAGCUGGAGUUCCUGAGGUCUCUCUGAAUGCAGGGAAGAGGAGCAGAAACAACCCACUCAAACAUCAAGAGACCCAGACGAGCUGAGGUGAACUGCCAUUAAUAGACAAACUG